GUUUAUAAAUUUGUUUUUGAGGGAUGCGGUUGUUGAUUAUUGUGAGCUGGAUGUGUGGCUAAGGCAGCAAAAAUCGAUUUAUGUAUAUACACCGCGUGUUUAUAUGCCAACAAGUGGUAAUUUGAAUCUGUUUUGGUGUAGUGGAUCCAUGGCAGGAGUGAUUAUGUCUCGUGUCUUUGGGUGUAUUGGGCUCUGUUGA